AUGCCUCAGGGGGAUGGUGCCUCGUGGCCUCAUCUCGGGGAACUGUGCGCUCCCCAGGCUCCCCAGCACAUUAAUAAGUUACAAGAACAAAGAUAUGUGACACAAGUGCUGGACGACGCCAGAGCUUUCGCCAACUACGCUAAGAAGGCCAAGACGGUCGAGGUGGAGGACGUGAAGCUUGCCGUGCAGAUGCAGGUCGACCGAUCAUACACGGCGCCUCCGCCUAGAGAUCUGCUGCUGGAUUUAGCUCGGACCCGCAACAGCAAUCCUCUGCCCGCCAUCAAACCACAGUGCGGACUGCGGAUGCCUCCUGACCGCUACUGCCUCUCCGCCUGCAACUAUAAAAUGAAGAAGACGCCCAGGAGCGUGACGCGCGCGUCUAAGGCGGUCACCGCUGGCGCGGCCGUGAAGCCGGCGGUGUCUGUGGUGACGACCAAGUCUAGCAGCGCGCAGCAGACCGUCACGCUCGUACAGAAGCAGCACACGGUCGUCACCACGGGACCGCCACACAAAAUUGUCACCGUCAACAGGCCUUUGAUUAAAGUCACGUCUGGGCCACCAGGUGAUGUGGUACCAAAAUUUCAAGUAUCGCCGGGCGCCGUUGGAGUGAUUCACAUCAAGAACGAGGACGGCGGUAGCACUCCCACGGUCAUACCCAAGAGGAAGAGAGACGCUGACUAGGCCUCUACCUUCGUGCUAGUUAUAAUCUGGCAUUAUUUAUUGUAUUCUGUCUCUUAUUUUUGUAUUAAGAUUGUCAAUUCAU